AUGGAACGCGCUACAGAUUAUACCUGGAGGGCUUAUGAGGAUCGUACACUCUCUGAGCUUCUACAGUUUGAUUCUACGCCCGAUACAGAGGAUAUAAGCGGUUAUGUCGACCCGUUUGGCAGCGGGCAAGAAUUUGAAACCGCAAUUCCUGACCCAGACGAGGCACCUAAUAUUCCCACUCCCUUAACCUUUCACCCAACUCACGCUAUAUCAGCUGCUGUGAUUGAGUACGUACCUUUGCUCCCAGAGUAUCCCGAAACUCAUGAUGAUGGGUUUGCGUAUAUCGUGAGUAUCGAUAAACAUAAACCAGAGGAGCUACGACGUAUUAUGAAAUCAGCUAUAUAACGCAAUCAAGAAGAAGUUUCUUCGGGGUGUCGCGUGUAAAUUCUCUCGUCAAGGUUGUGAACCUAUAUUUCGCCAGCACUAUCACGAUAACGUAUCUGGCAUGCAUAGCUAUUAUAUAAGCUGCGCGAAUUCAUCACGAGAGAACCGUCAAGAUCACUUCUACACUUCUCUAAUCCCAAAAGAGAGAUCACUUGAUAUAGAACUUCUACAGAAGCUUCUAGCCUCUACUUAUCAGCCUAGACC